GGGAAGAGAUGAUGUCACGGUUUCGCAGCUCCUGCCCUCCCUCUUUUUUGUCUGACAACCUCCUCCCCUUCCUUUUCCCUGUAGUCUAGGUGGUGCAUGUACACCUGCAGCCAGAAGCACACAGGCAGCCGCUCAGGUGACAGAAGAGACAGAGCACUCUCAGGUAGGAGAAUACAAAGAGGAGGGGGAGAGGGGGGAGGACAGGACAGUAGUCAGGGAUGUGAAGGGGGAGGGACAGUAGAGUGUAAACAAAUGAACUGAGGACUGAGACACACCUGGAGUCAAGUUAACGCUGCUGGACUGAAAAGAGAAAGAGUCAAAGAGGUGUGGCGAUGGGGGCAGAUGAAAACAUCACAGGUUGAUAAAGAGAAACUCAGCGGAAGAUACGAGAGAGAAGAGAAGUGAGCAGAGAGACCAGGAGUAGAAGUGAGAGUCAUAUACAUCUGUGAGGAUUAUUUCUCGAGCAUCUCCAGAGGUCUUCACGCCUCCACGACACCAUGGCGUCCAUGGGGAUGCAGAUGCUGUCCAGUGCCCUCUGCCUCCUGGGUUGGGCAGGGGUCAUCAUCAGCUGCCUAAUGCCCAUGUGGAGGGUCACCGCCUUCGUCGGCAGCACCAUUGUCACCUCACAGACCAUUUGGGAGGGCAUCUGGAUGACCUGUGUGGUCCAGAGCACGGGGCAGAUCCAGUGUAAGCCGUACGAGUCCCUCCUCGCUCUCAGCGCUGACCUGCAGGCCGCCAGGGCCCUCACCGUCCUCGCCAUCACCACAGGUGCCGUAGGCCUCAUACUGGCCUUCAUUGGAGGGAAGUGCACUCGCUUCUUGGAUGAGGAAGGUGGUGGUGUUAAGGGCAAGGUGGCCUUGGCGGCAGGGGGAGUGUUGAUCACCACAGGGCUUCUGUGUCUGAUUCCCACAUCUUGGGCGGCUGGAGCCGUGGUGAGGAAGUUCUACAGCGCCUCCAUAGAUGCUCAGCGGCGGGAGAUUGGAGCCUGUCUCUACAUCGGCUGGGGGGCGUCCAUCCUGCUCAUUCUGGGAGGGGGUUUGUUCAUAAGCUCAGCGUGCCCCCUCAAAGCCAGUGACACAGAGAAGAGCCCCUCAGUCCGCUACCUGGUGGUCCGCUCCUCCAACGGGUCCAACCCGGCGGGUUCUCGUCACAACAGGGUGCCGUCAGCGAAGGCCCAGCCCAUCACAGCAGCGGUUCCCCGCUCCCAAAGCUACGAGGGGGCGUCCACCAAGUCUCAGCUGUACAAGAGGCCUCCCUGGGAAGACGGGCCUGGACAUGGUUCCAGGCAGGAGUCAGAAAGAUCCUGGGUGCCAUCAACGAAAUCUCAGAUGAAGAGGCCGGAGUCGACAAAAUCUGAAGAGAGCGAGGCGCUGUCGACGAAGUCUCAGCUGAAACGAGCUGAAAUGGAAGAGACUUUAUCGGCAAAGAGUGAAAAUCCAGAUGAUUCCUCAAAUCCAGCAAGAACAUACCUAUAAUAUGAACUGACCUAUAUUUACACACAAUACAAAUAUGUUUACUUUUUCUGUACUAAGAGUGAUUUAGAGGUAGAUGUUCACUUGUUACACUGAUGUCAAGUAGUUGAUGAGGUAGAAUCGUCUUUGUCCUUCAUCAUGUGGUUUUGAUUGAAGUGAAAAAAGUCCUGGAGAACUUUCCCCAUCAUGCAGCUUGAACAGGUCUCGUGCACUAAACCUGAAGUAAAACUGGUGUGAGUGAAGUUACACUUGUCUUCUUGUUAGAAAACAAGCUUCCUGAAUCUACAUUUACCGACAUUGAUGUUGACGUGUGAAGUUAUAAAAGUUAACAUUCGUUUUUUUUAUCUCACUUCUUAAAUGCACUUGAAGAAGAUGAAUCUGUCUAAAUAUUUUUACCUCAGAUAUUUAGCUUGUUUGUUUCUGUUUGACCUGAUGCAACCUGAAACAUUAUUAAUGAAGCAGCAACAUAUUAAGCUAACUUUGCAUCAUUGAUUCUAAUGAAUGAUUCGAUGACAGAAUCCACUUGUUGCACAUAAAGUUACAUUUUGAAUCAGCUGUAAAAUCAUUCACGUCAGGUUUUUUUUUUUGUAAAGAUUCAGAUGUGAACCUUUUUGGUGUGAAAUGUGAUUGUAUGUUUUAUUUUGUACGUUUACUUUUUAAAUAAACGACUUCAGCGUGA